AUGGCCUCAAAAAAACAACAACCACAACAACAACAACAAGAAAUCUCGACCAUGCGUCGAUUACUUGGGUUUGACUUAACUGAUUUACAAUCAUGGUCAAGUUUUGUUAAACUUAUGAAUCGACCUGAAGAUCCAAGUUCAUUGGCGAUUCUUCGUAUUUUUUUUGGUAUUCUUAUGAUGUUGGAUAUUCCUCAAGAACGUGGUAUGUCUCAUGCAGAUGUUUAUUAUCCAAACGAUGAUAAAGAAUGUCAAUUUCCAUUAUUCAAUUUUCUUGAACCAUUACGUGCUGAAUAUAUGGUUAUUGUUUAUUUUAUUAUGCUUCUCGGCGCUUUUGGUAUUACAAUUGGUUUUUUUUAUCGUUUGUCAACUAUAUGUUUUACAAUAACGUAUUGGUAUAUAUUUUUUCUUGAUAAAACAUCUUGGAAUAAUCAUUCAUAUUUAUAUGGUUUAAUUGGUUUUCAAUUGAUGUUUUUUGAUGCACAUCAUUAUUGGUCAAUUGAUGGUUUAUUUCGAAAGAAAAUUCGUAAUUCACAUGUACCAUUAUGGAAUUAUACAUUAAUUCGAUAUCAAGUUUUUCUUGUUUAUUUUAUUGCGGGUUUGAAAAAAACUGAUUGGGAUUGGGUUAGUGGAUAUUCAAUGGAUACAUUAGGUGAACAUUGGGUAUUUUCACCAUUUCGCUCAUUUAUGACAAUUGAACAGAUUACAUUAAUUCUCGUACAUGUUUGUGGUCUUUUCUUUGAUUUACUUGUUGGUUUUGCAUUAUUUUUUGAUCGUUCACGUCCAUUUGGAGUAUUCUUUUGUUUAUCUUUCCAUAUAAUGAAUUCUCAAUUAUUUAAUAUUGGUAUGUUUCCAUAUACAAUGAUUGCGACAAUUCCAAUUUUUUUCCAUAAUAAUUGGCCACGAAAAUUUUUAAAUCGUUUUGCACCAAAAUUCUUAUAUAAAGAAACACCUUUACAAUAUAGUUCAUCAUGUUUAUAUUCCAAAGAAGAAAUUAAACCAGAAGAACCAAAAAGUCCAUCAAUAAAAUCAAAAAUUGCUAAUAAUAGUUCAGUUAAAAAUGCACCAACGAAAUCAACAUUACGCCAUAAAAUUUUCACAAUUUUUGCUCUUUUUUAUCUUGUUGAACAAGGAUUUUUACCUUAUUCACAUUUUAUUACGAAAGGUUAUAAUAAUUGGACAAAUGGUUUAUAUGGUUAUUCCUGGGAUAUGAUGGUACAUAGUUGGCAUACUCAACAUGUAAAAAUAACUUUUCUUGAUAAGAAAACAAAUGAACCGCAUUAUUUACGACCAACAGCAUGGGCAUCAGCAAAACGAUGGAGUUCACAUGCUGAUAUGAUUGUUCAAUAUGCGCAAUGUAUAAAAGGAAAAUUAAAACAACAUGGUUAUGAUGAUGUUGAACUUCGUUUUGAUAUCUGGCGUUCAAUGAAUGGACGAUUUAAUCAACGACAGAUUGAUCCACGUAUUGAUUUACUUUCGUCAGAUGUUAAAUGGAGUCCAUUUCAAGAUACACCAUGGCUGCAACCAUUAUUAACAAAUUUAAGUGAUUGGAGAACACGUAUGCAAAAAAUUGAAACAGAACUAUCAAGUAAAGAUCAAAAUGUACUUGUUACAUUUGUUGCUGAUUUUCCUGGCUUGUUUUUGGAAAACUACAUUCCGGCUGAUUUGAAUACAACUAUUGAAGUACUUGAAGGUCAAAUUGUAGUUGAAAUGUUAGGUUUAAAAGAAAAUGUUACACUAAAUGUUGGACAAAAUAUGUCUGUACCUAAUGGAGAUUAUCAUAAUGUUUAUACAAUUUCAUCAACACCAUCAUGUUAUAUGUAUACUUAUUUAAAUCAAUCCGAUGUUGAAAUUGUUCAUUUAUGGGAUCGUUAUUAUAAUUUAACUGAUCGUUUACUUAAUGAAACAGUUGAUCGUAAUCGUCCAAUAUAUACUGAUAAAGAAGAAGCUGAUCUUGUUCGUUUAUCAUAUGAAAAUGUUUUUGAAGAAUUACGUCAAAAAACACUUCAUGAAUUAUUAGAACUUCCAUAUGAUUUUAAAUUACAUAAUAAAAAUGAAACAAAUACAAAUUGGACGAAUAUACGUUUACAAUUUGAAACAAGUAUGAAUCGAUCGAUAGUUAAACGUUUAGAUACAAAAAUCAAAUGGCAUGAAAAACAUCAUAGAACAUUUAAAACAUUUUUCGCAAAGAAACGAAGACAAUUUUUACGAUGUUAUCAUAUUAUUAAAUUAGCUAUUCGAAGUAUUAUAUAUAAAACAGAUUUUAUAAAAUCAGUUAAAAACGAAAUUAAUAGUGCAAUUGAUGAAUCUGAUUCAGAUGGUAUUGUAACGGAAGAAACUCCUCCACAACCACCUACAUCGACUGAAUCGUCGUCUUCUUCUUCUUCGAAGAAAUCUUCAUCAACGAAUGGUAAAUCAAAAAAGAAGCAAACGAAAAAGUAG